GAAUUGUGGAGUGUGAGUCCAUCGGAAUGCGGCAUUUAUGAAGAAAGCGGGCUUCCGGCAGAUCCCAUCAUCCAGAAAAUCAAAGCAAAAAAAAAAAAACCAAGACGUUUCCAGUUCCAGUCCCAACUCAGUCACUGACUUUUGUAAUGACAUGAAAUAAUCAUGAUUCUUCGUCUGCCAGAUGAAGUGUGAAAGGAGGGUACAGCAGGCGAUCCUUCAGCAGAGAAACACUGGCAACACCCUAUCCUGUUAGGAGAUUUUUCAGUUCAAAGAAGUCUGAGGGCUGAGCAGCCUUUCCUGUCUCAGACAGAGGAUGUCUACAGAACUGGUCAAGCCGUGUCAGCUGGACAGGACAGGAAGCUUCUUCAAGUUGAUUGAUGCCUUCGCCUCAGAGAUAGGAGAGCUGAAACAGGAGAUGGUACAGCCAGGAGAGUCUGCUGAUGAAGACCAAGACGGUUCAAGGAUGCAGAGCUUAGCUGAAGAUGUUGAGAGCCUCUUUCUACAGGAGAUGGAGCUCAAGAGCAGCGCUCGUGAUUCUGGCUAUGAUUCUUUGAAGAGAAAGAUCAGCAUUCUGGAUCGACUCAUUCAAACACAUCCAGUAUGGUUGCAGCUUACAAUGAGUGAUGAAGAAGCAAUUCAGAUUUUACAGAGGCAACAACCUGGGAUAUUUAUUGUAAGAAAAUCAGCCAGACUUCAGAAGAAGAUUAUAUCUUUGCGCCUUGGAAAUGAAAUCACACCAUUCAUCAGAGAUUUCCCAAUAAAGGAGAGCCAAUUCACUUUCUCCUUGGAAGGAUCUGGCAUUAGCUUUGCUGACCUAUUUAGGCUUGUUGCGUUUUAUUGUAUCAGCAGGGAUGUUCUGCCUUUCACCUUAAGACUACCUGAAGCAAUUGUAGUUGCAAAGUCACAAGAAGAUCUUGAACAGGUUUCAAAGUUGGGAGCAGGAUUCUGGAAUUCCUCCUUGUGCAACAAUAACAAGGAUCCUGCUGUCCCUCCUCCUAAUGCUGUUAAAGGUAGCAGGCUGGGUGAGCUCAAGAAACACAUUCCCAGGGAACCCCUCUCAAACGGUGUGCAUUCUCUCCAUACAAGAACUCCUUCUGAAUUGGAAUGCAGCCAGACCAACGGGGCACUGUGUUUUGUUAACCCCCUCUUCUUGGAAGUACAUCAGCAAGCAACAGGUGCUGGAGGAUCUCUCAAGCGACAAAAAAUUCAAGACUCCUCUGCCCAGAAAAAAUCUCGUGUUCCUCCACCAAGACCACCCCCUCCAGUAAUUCGAAAACCGUCUGCUUUGCAAGACCAAGAGAAGCAGGUGAGCAUGCCCCAAACCAGCAGCUGUUUAAAGCAGCACCAAGAUAAUACCAUGGGACCCGGUAUAAGCCAUUCAAAGAAGACCACGCCUGUCCCCCCACCGCGACUAAAAAAACGCAUCAGCCUGAGUGAAAGUGAACAAAGCAAGAAAACCAUCCAAGAGAGCAGGGACACAGAAAUGCAGUCAAAAGCACCUGAGGCUGUGGUGUCCAGGACUUCGGAAAAGGACAUGUGUGUAUCGAAAAGGCUAAAUGCCAACACAACAUUAAAUGCUACACUGUGUUCUCAAAAUGCCAUGCAUAUCCAGCAGAAUGGAGGAGGCCGUCAGAGGCUGAGUGAUAUGAGUAUUUCCACAUCAUCUUCAGAUUCCCUGGAUAUGGACCGCACGUUCCCUCCACCUGGCUGCCCAGGCUGUGAGGACAGCAGCCCAGAGGAUGACUAUGGGCCUGAGAGUGACUCGGAAACCAUGGCUCCCCCACUCAAACUGAAAAAGAAACGCUCUACCUCUUUUGUUCUUCCCCACAUUGUCAAGACUCAGUUCCGAAAAGUGAGUGGAGUCUUCAGCUCAUUCAUGACUCCAGAGAAAAGGAUGAUUAAAAGAAUUGCUGAAGUGUCUCGGGACAAACGUACCUAUUUUGGAUGCCUGGUACAAGACUACAUCAGCUUCCUACAGGAGAACAAAGGAUGCCACGUCUCUGGCACUGACAUGCUGCAGACUGUGAGGCAGUUCAUGACACAAGUCAAGAAUUACCUGGCACAAAGCUCCGAGCUUGACCCUCCAAUUGAAUCUCUCAUUCCAGAAGAUGAAAUAGGUGUGGUCCUUGAGAAAGCAAUGCAUAAGUGUAUUUUGAAGCCCCUUAAGGGACACAUUGAAGCUUGUCUCAAGGAAUUCCUAGAGUUGAACGGCUCAUGGAAACAGCUGAAGGAAAAUCUGCAGCUAGCUAAGCAGAAGACGCCACAGGAGCUGGGAGUAGAUGCAACUGCUCCUGACUCUAUAAUGAUUGAGAAGAUUCGGCACAAGUUCCUCACCAUGCAGAAGAUGUACUCUCCUGAGAAGAAGGUGAUGCUCUUGCUUCGGAUAUGCAAGCUCAUUUACACCGUCAUGGAGAACAACUCAGGAAGGAUGUAUGGGGCUGACGACUUCCUUCCCAUGCUGACGUAUGUAGUAGCGCAGUGCGGUAUGCCAGAGCUGGACCUUGAAAUUGACUACAUGAUGGAACUUCUUGACCCUUCAUUGCUCCAUGGAGAAGGUGGUUAUUACCUAACCAGUGCCUAUGGAGCUAUGUCCCUGAUCAAAAACUUCCAGGAGGAGCAGGCAGCCAGAAUGUUGAGCUCAGAAACUAGAAACACUCUUCACCAGUGGCACCGCCGCAGAACCACCAUCAGGACAAUUCCCACUGUGGAUGAUUUUCAGAAUUAUUUGAGAGUGGCCUUCCAGGAAAUCAUCAGCGGUUGCACGGCUAAAACGUUGAUGGUAAAGCCUUACAUGACCACAGCAGAAGUGUGUGAACUGUGUGCCGACAAGUUCCGAGUUCUGGAACCCAACAGUUAUGCCCUUUUCCUCGUCACAGAGGAAACAAGUCAGCAGCUGGCAUCAGACACCUACCCUCAAAAAAUAAAGGCAGAACUUCAUAGCCGCCCCCAGCCUCACGCUUUUCAUUUUGUAUACAAACGUCUCACCAGUCUUCAUAUUUGCGUCCCUCCAGAUGAAGAGAAUGGAAACAUUUAUUUCUAAAUCUGCUUUUACUGCUUCGGCACUUUCCAUGCGAUUUGACAGGAAGGAGCCAGGCUGUACUGUUAAAACACUAUUCUGCUGGCAGAUGAUGUGCUUGGGUUAAAUUUCAGGAAGCUUGCUUUAUAAAAUGUACAGCACUUAUUACCUCAGGGUCUGGGCUACGUCUGUGCUGAGGGAACUUAAAACGUCAGAGCUGGUGCCAAGCAGAACUCCGUCGUCACCUUGGAGCACUGAAGUAUUGACACCGAGGCAUUUUCUUUUUAAGACUGAUGAAAAGUGGGUGUUCUUCCUUAAUAUCAGGAUAAUCUCUUCUUCAUAUUUGUGGUACAGUACGUCGUCAGAAGAAACGCUUCAGGAAGUGUGGUGACGCAGAGCUUCGCCACAUUUUCUGAGACAGUUGCAUUUUUUUGUAAAGUUAAAUAUUAUUUUAUAGUAAAGUUUUUUUUUAUAUGUACAAACAAGUCUUAGAAAUAAUCGAUCAGCAGUUACUGGUUAACUGCGCAGGUUGUGGUUUAUAAUAUGAGAUUUUUUUUUAUUUUAUUUUGUAAGUGAAUAUGUUGGUUUGUAACAGUUUGCAUGUAUAUUUGUAACAUUUAACAAACUGUUACACCCUUUAUGGACCAGUACGCUUUGACUAAAGGUAUGCAGAGAUACUGGGAAUUUUGUACCCUCUUUAAAAGGGGAGUUCUCUGCCUCUAGCUGGUGACACAUUUUGAAAAAUGUUGGUCUCUCCUAAAUUUGAAUUUACUGUCAAUUGACUGAGCACCACUGGUGGUGUUAAAUUAUGGCUGUUAACUUUUAAAGCAGGGAAUUUUUUAAAAAAGAGGUUCAUUUUAUUCCAAGCAGAACUGUAGAUUUCACCGCAUUAACUUUUUUGCCAUCUACAUCUGCAGUCUCUCCCUUGUCCUGCAUUUGUUAACUAAGGGUACGUCCACACUACUACGUCUUCAUUUAAAAUCAGCUUGACAUCAUUAAUUAAAGUAUUUUCAUCCCUACUGAAAUGACUAAAAACACUUAUUUAACAAUCGUCCGCCUGCACUGGGCACACACGCUACAUAGAUGCCUUAAAAUGGGCAUAAAUUGUGGCACGAGUUUAAGCCUGAUUUGCAGUUGUCAACUGAUUUUCUGAGUUGGCCUUAAUGUCAGCCUCAUCACAUGCAAUAUGACAAGGGCUGCGAUGCCCGAUUGACGUAUCAGAAAUUUCAGUUGGAUGUCUUGUGGUGAGAGCAGUCUCACAGGCUGAUUUUCUGAUGUCAUCAUGAAAGUUCCAGCCACGCAUUGUGCAUCAGCUGCCAUGCAUGUAUAUCAUCAUACAUGUGUAGUCUGAGCACCUUCCUCAUGGCAUGUCAAAUCAGUCAGAAUGUGCUCGUGUAGUUUGAGCACAUGUACGACUGGCGACUCUUAUCGUGCAGGGUGAGAAGUUACUUGACCACGAUUUCUAAAAAUUGCACAAAACACAAUUUACAUUACAUACCGGUUGGCAAUAAAACAAGUGCCAUGGAAAGCAACUCCUCUCUGCCUGCUAUUUUGGAAUAUGUAUUUAUUCCAUGAAGGGUGACCAAUCAGAGAAUGAGAUGUUGUAAAGAGCAGGAUCCAAUCAGGGAAGAGGCCCAUAAUAAGCAUAAACCAAUCAGUGUGCAAUGGAGGCUGCGUUUUCAGAAAUCUUCAGUUUUACGCUCAUCCACAUGGAAACGCCAUGCUGGUGUUUUAAAAAUCUCUAGCUCGGAAGAGUGUGUUCAAAACUUUAAUGUCAGUUGAAAACUUAAGGGUAGUGUGGACAAAAGGCGGAAAAGGAGACAAAAUGUCUGCGUUUUUAAAGAAAGACGUACUGGUGUGGACGGGGCCCAAGUUACAAGAAAUGCAAGAUAAAAUGGGUUAUAGAUAAUUACAAUUCACCCUUUUAACUUUUUAAUCGGGGUCUUAAGGACAUCUUAACAUCCUAACACUGGUUCGUGAAGAGAACUGUUGUUCUCUUGCAGGAUUUAGAGUAUAAAUGUAUGUUAUUACACAAGUAAAUUAACUUUUUGUGCCUGCUUUGAGGAAUUUCAGGGACAGAAAGCCAGAUUUUUGUGUGUCGGUGUACUCUUCAGGACAAUAUUCUCUCAGUAAACUGUAGAGUCCUAAGCUGAUUUUAAAAGUUGUCUGUUUAGAGGUUGCAAGAAAGUUUUGUAAAGUCAGAGAAAAGAAAGGGUAUGUGAAUGUGAAUGGGUGGGCUGGGAUACGGUCGUGUCAUUUACAGUUAAGCAAAAUGCAGUGCAAGAGUGAGCCUUAGCAAGCAAAUGUUGGGUCUACCUAUAAGGGAUAAUUCAUGGUGAUUUCAUUGAUUUCCUGGAAUUGCCAAGUUUCAUUGUUGAUUGUUUCAGCAGCUUCACGUUCGUAGCCUUCAGCGUUAUCCGCAGGGAGUUCAUCUGCGUCAGGAGACACCGGUCAUCCUCCACCAUUGAAGGGGCAAAGUUAGGGAAGUGGUAACGCCUCAGUGAGGAACACAUCUCUACGGAUGGAAAAUGAAUUUAAAGAACCACAAGUGGCUUAAAUUAACACUUUCCUACUUUCUUUAAAAGCUGAAAACAAGUAUGUGAGUAUAUAAAAUUGGCCAUGCAUGAAUUUCCUUCCGGUUUACUAGAUAUCUAGAAAUCUAUAAUUUAUUUUUCAGUUCCCCUACAAAUAUCAUGUUAUUUUGGAAAACUGCAGUGUUUCUCACCCACUUGCUUUUGUUAAAUUAUUGUAGCUGGUGUCCACUGACAGUAUUCUUCUUUUUUCACUGGUCAUUUGUGGUAGAGUAAAACACUAUUCAUAACUGUAUUCAUAAAUUGCUAAGUGAAAAAGAUCAAAUGUUUCAUUCAUACAAAGUAAAAACAUGCAUUUUUAAUUGGGGUUGAGAAUUGAUUAAAAGAAAUGAAUCGCACAAUUGUAUGUUAUUAAUCAUAAUCACAUCUAACAUUAAAACUUGCAGUCAUAAAAUACAUAAAUAAAUAUACACAAAAUGAGCACAGGAAUUUUUAAAAAUGUAAUUGCAUAGUUUAAACUUAAACAAGGACCUGAAACCUGACCUUUUAACAAAAUACUAUGUGAGCAAGUGCACCCUGAGUUUGAAUGCCUUCCUAAAAGGCGAGUUGAAAAGAAGGCAAUAAGAAAACGAUGCCAGUGUAUUAAUUCUUAAAUUGGCAUAGCAUAUGAAACACAGACCUGUCAAAGUAAAAUUAAACAAUCGAAACAACUGUCGACUUUGAAUGCGAUGCGAAAGACCAACUUGAAAGAAGCACCUCUUUAAAACUUGUGUUAAAACUCCACAAAUGCCAUCCUCAAUAGUUCAUCACCAUCAACGACUGUAUAAAUACAGUAUACUCCAAAUUAGUGUUUUUCAACUGGUGUGCAAUGAGAGCUACCCAGGCGUGCCUUAUAGGACCACCUGUAUGAGCGGGCAAAAGGACAAAGCAGCCUGGAAGAUGUGUCCAAGGUGCUCUCUAAGUGCUGUGUCUGCGAAUGCCAGUCUCCAAGCUGGGCAGUUUAGCACGUCUUAAGAGAUCUCAUGCUUUUGUGGCUGGUAGAACCGGGAAUAUUUGGGUUACAAAAAGUGUGCCACCACAGAAAAACGGUUGGAAAGCACUGCUCUGCCUAUAGCUUUGCUCCUGACACGCUAAAAGAAAGACGUCCAUAACUUUUAUCUCACUUAAAAACUGACACCGUUCAUUACUUAAGAGGUUAUGUUGUGUUCUUUGCAUAAAUUAGUGAAAAUACUGCAAACUGGAAUCAUGGGUAGGGAUAAUUAUUACACUUUUAUUUCGUAGAAUGUUGUCAUUAUAUUAGGGCAGUCAGCACUGUAAGCCACCUGGCAGACUGGCGAGUUGAAUACAGAGGUACGAGAGACUUAUUUUGGGUUUAGUGCCAUUCAAAGAAAAUGUAUUUUGUACACAUGUGAUAUGAAAAUGAAAUGAAUAGAAUUGAACAGAAACAUGACAUGAAUAAAAAGGAGUGAGUGUCAUUUUUACCUUGGCUACUUUUCUUUAGCAUUGCUGCAGGACUGCCAUAAACCCCCCUUCGUCACACUCCCCUGCACCCAUGGCAGUAUUUAUAACUCAAAGGAGUGAACACCAGCACCACGUACCGACAUGUGGCGAGGCGUUGGGAAAUGUGUAGUUAGAAACUUUGAAAUCAAAAUGUAUUUCCCAAAAUGUUUAAAGAUAAUAUAUCAUUUCUGUACUGGAUGUGUAUGUAAUUCUUUAGGUCCACAGUUAACUUUUAUGUAUUAUUGCUUCAUAAUGUAAAAAAGUAAAAGAAUGACGUGAAAAUGCCGCCCCGACCAAAGCACUGCGUGACACGAUCGUCUCAUUGCCAGUCCUGGAUCUGACGAUAUUUUCUAACAUGUUAAACAGGCCCCAUUGAUCACAACAAUUAAUGGGUUAACUUUCCCAAGUCUAGUUUUAAGUUACGUUGCACCUACUGUACAUUUUGAUUUAUAUUUUUAUUUUGAAAUGAGAGGAGAGUUUGCCUGAAAUGUAGAGACAUCGGCUCAUUGACAUCUUCAUCGUGACUUCAUGCGUCAGUCCUUUAUUAUCAUUCAUAACAUAAUACGUUCAAAUUCAAAUUCAGCAUCACAUUCCUUGGGUGCUGUUCAAACAGUAUUGGAUGCAAGACACAAAAUCGCUCUGUAGGGGGCACCAGUCUUUGGCAGGGCAUUUAGCUGAAUUGCCAUGGACUCGCACCACAAAGCACUGUGGUAACUGCAGGUGUCUUAACCACGAAGCCACACCGUUUGACCCAGAAGUGAUCUCCUUGCAGUGUGACUUAAAUAGAGAGCAGAGACCGUCUUUGAAAACGGUGAGCGGAGCACUUCCUUGUGACGUCAGCUGAUCUCUCUCCCUGCGUCCACAAGCCCCCACCUUGUCUGUGCAGCAUUGUCUCUAGGGUCCACAGUGCAAAUCCCAUCCUCGUCGCCAACUGAAUUGCUGUAGGCUGACAGCAUGAAGCAUCUCGGUUUGAAGAUUCGCACUGUGGUAGAUGCCAGUGGCCUCUGGCUCAGAGGCGAUCUUGUUACAGUGUGAGCUAAAUUAAUGUCUACGUAGUAAAGAGAAGAAAAGGGAAAAUGGGGUCACUUAGGACCCCACCACGGUAAAACAGGCCCAAUUUACAAACCCGAGUCAGCUCAAAAAGCUCGUCUUAGGCACUGCAAGCCACACUUUGGAAGCGCUUCACAUUUUGCACGGAUGAAGCAAGCAGGUCUGAAACAAAAACAAUGAAACACUUAAGGGCAUUACUUUCCAUCUGUGUCAGAAUGUCACCCGUAUAUGAAAUCAUUUUGUUACAGAUGUGAGUUUAGUCAGCAUUUCUUUUAAGAAAAGAAGAAUUAAAGCAUUAAAGGAAUCGUUAAUCAAAAAGGGAGAGGCAGGACAGGCGCUUGUGCCUUUUCAGCAUCGGUGAUAUUUAACAGCAAGUCCAGAGAGUUUUGUGUUCUGUUUUUCAUUGUUCUGCCUGAAAUAUAUAGCUACAGUUUUACGUGAAAUAAUAUAAAUUACAAUCAAACUGGCCGUUCUAAUACUGACAAGAAUUAAAGAAGUUAGAGCAUUUUGUAAAAUGAAUUUACCAUUUUGUGUUUUUUAUUUUAAAUAUCUCCUAAGGAUACAACAAUAAAUUUAUACCUCAGUAUUUUGUAUUAAAUAAAUACUUUCUAAUCCUCAUUUAAUUUUAUGAAUAAAGGAAACCUAUAAUAUAACCAGCUGUCUCAGUUUAACACGUUCACACGCUGGCCCUGCCGGUGUCAGUUGACUUUCUUUAGAUGCUCCGCUCUUAUUCACACCAGAUAACUCCAUUUUUAAAAAUAUUAUAUGCUGAAUAUUUUACGUUGUUAUCACGUGUGAUGCAUUAACAGGCAACUUGCCAUUCACACGCGACAUGCUGUAUGUGCAUUGAGCAGAGCGAGGCCAUAUAGGAGGCAGCCGAGGUGAGCACUCGUAUAGGUGAUGACUCUUCUUCGUCCUUUUGUCACCUCGCAUUUCAGGUUCUCUUGGGGUUCAAAUUGUUUGCUAAUCGCAUGGCGAAGUGACGUGGAUGUGUCGGCUACACUUGCUGUGACAAAUGGCGUAGCACAUGCUGUCUUAGUUUGGCAGAGAGGAAACUUUAUGUGUUCUGGUGGUUUCCUGUAAACUGAACUAUUAGUGCCAAAUCAAAUGUGACUUUUCUUUCUUUUUUUUCAUUCCUUUUCUUUUAUUUGUGUUUAUAAAAGGCUUACUUUGCAAUUGCUGGGUGAAUCACCAGCUAAAAUAAGAAAUGCACUUGAAAGGAAAUUAAAAACAAGUCAACAAUUUCUUCAUUCUUAAGAAAUAAUCCUUUUUAAUUAUUCACGCUCGCAGACAAUUUGAGCUCAGUCAGCUCUGCAGAAGCAGUGGAAAUGGAAGCGACAGAAAGUGGUGAAGAUGGCCGUGGAACGUAACGAACGCGGAGAGCGCAGGUAGCUGUUGUAGCCAAACACUAAAGCACUAAGAGCAGUGGGCCAGCAGGCAGGAGAAGCGGUCGGGUGCAGAGCUCCCAUGAACAGCACAAGUGUUGAGCUCCCACUCGCUUCCCACUUCCUUGAAUUCAUUUUUUGACAUUUUAUACAUCAGUUGAAAACGGGCCAAGGAGCAGCCGUGCAGGUCAUAAAAUCUGUUCAAGAAGUCGGAGAAAUCAUCUUGUGUGUUAGCAGGAAUCUCCAUGUAGCGCAGCAUUGAAAAAUGAUGGUAAGGCCGUCCUUUCUGAGGCCAAAGAAUCCAGCUGUUUCAGAGGACUCGUGACAUCUGUGUUGCAGUUCCGAAUCUGCACAUCUGCCUCACGCCCAGAAUCUUUCAGAAAGUCGGUUCUGUCAUGAUAAAGCUUUCUGUUAAGAGUUUCAGUGUCUAAUUUUAGAUUCUCAGUGUUGCUGGUGAAUCAUAAAGGAAGUUUACCGUCAUAUUUCUACAGGAGGCUCUGUGCCUAAGAAGCUCCCGGCCCCUUCCAUAACGGUGGUAGUGCAUGUUACUUCAAAUUGUCCACCUGCCCAGGGACUAAAGAGAGAAGAAAAUGAUAAAAUGCAUUUAUCUAAAUGUGAAAACCAAGCAAUGUAUGAAAUUAUAUUAUUGUCAUAAAUGAUCAUUUUACAAUGUCCAUGUUUAAUAAAGUCCAUAAGUAUCUAAUGAU